AUGGCCUUUCAGCUAGCAGGAAAGAAAUAUCUUGUCACAGUGGCUGGCCGAGGGAUAGGCCGAGAGCUCACUAAAACCCUCAGUGAGCACGGAUGUAAAGUGUAUGCCCUUAGUAAGACUAAAGAAACGCUGGACAUACAUUCGGCAGAAUGUUCAAAUAUUCAUACAAUACAAGCUGACGUCGGUAACUGGAACGAAAUGAGGAAACAACUCAGCAACACUGAAGUUCUGGACGGACUUGUUAACAACGCUGCAUAUGCUACCGAAGGAAAAAUUCCGUCGCUGGAAGUGUCUAAGGAUUAUUUGGACAAAAUUGUUUGUGCAAAUUUAUUUGGAACAAUCAACGCAAUACAAAUUAUCGGAAGCAAAAUGGUAGCCGCUAGGAAACCGGGAUCUAUUGUGAAUGUCUCAAGUCUGUUAUCGCUUCAAGCAAUUCCGGAAUAUUUACCGUAUACGGUCACAAAGUGUGGUGUUGACAUGGUUACGAAACAGUUCGCGCUGGAAUUAGGGCCCCACAAUAUCAGAGUAAACAGUAUCAACCCGACUCUUGUCCUAACGGAAAACAUAAAACACUUUUUAGCUAGCGGAGAUAAUAGAGACAAGCUACUUUUAGAAAGAACGCCGCUACAGAGGGCAGCAGAAGUAAGGGAAAUUGUCAAUCCUAUUUUGUAUCUGUUAAGUGAUUACUCUUCAAUGGUAUCCGGGACUACAAACGUCAUUGAUGGCGGUUUGAUGUCGUCAUUUGGUUAA